AACUUCUGCAAAUACCAUCUUGCAUUUCCAAACAUCCCAAAACAAAAGAAAGCCCGCUUGCAAAGUAAAUUACAAAGCUCACCAAGCAGACUUUCUUCUACUUCUCACACAUAUCAAGCCUCCGGCCAGCAAGCACCACUCUGCAUUUGAAACGCAAGUAUCAAAGAUCAUGACCAAGCGCGGUGUCUUUUCCCUCUCAAUUCUACUUGUUUUUCUCUUCUGUGUUAUUAACACUUUAGCCCAGCCCACCGCGGCUCCAGUCCAAUCCACAGCACCUCCAACCCCACCCGCCAAUGCUCCAGCCAAGCCGGCCAAGCCCCCAACCUCUGCUGCCAAGCCUCCCGCCUCACUUGCCAAGCCUCCAAUCCAAUCAGCCAAGGCGCCAGCCCAGUCCGUCCAAAUACCUGUACAAAAAGGCUCUAUUGACGUCACAAAAAUCCUUGCAAAAGCUCGUGGUUACACAGUCUUUAUCCGCCUCUUAAAGAGCACUGGACUUGCUGCUCAACUAUACGGACAACUCAACAAUUCAAACAAUGGCUUUACCGUCUUUGCACCUACAGAUACGGCAUUUGCAAACCUCAAACCGGGCACUAUAAAUUCCCUAUCUGACCUACAAAAGACCCAGCUAAUACAAUACCACAUCUUGAACUCCGUGAUUGGUCUAUCCAACUUCCAAACACUAAGUAAUCCAGUGCCAACAGAGGCUGGUGAUACUAGCGCCGGGCAAUUCCCACUAAACGUGACCACUGCCGGAAACCAAGUGAACAUCUCGACAGGCCUUGUGAAUACCACAAUGGGUGGUACAAUAUAUUUGGAUAACAAGCUUGCCAUAUAUCGAGUGGACAGUGUGCUUCUUCCGCUGGACAUUUUUUCUCCUACGCCAAAAAAAGCUGCUGCCCCUAAGCCAGCGUUGUCAGAUUCAAAUACUUCAACGACUGCAGCAGAGAGUCCAUCAGGUGGUGGUACUGCUGCUGCUGCUGCUGAUUCUUCUACUACAGGCACCGAUGCUGCCAAAGCAAACGCGUCCGGUGCAGCGAGCCUCAGUACAAACAAGAUGUUGUUACCAAUUGGAAUUGCUAUGGUUGCAUUCUUUGCGAGGAAAGGAACUUGACUGCGAAAUAUAAUUCCCAGCUCGAUUUCCCUUGGUCGUGUGCUUUCACAAUAUUAAUCGGCUUCUUUAAUCUCCUUAUUUCAUGUUUAUUCUACUUUUCUCUCCUUUUUCGUCAGAGUCAUAAACUUUAAAGGAGAUUUUCUUUUCUUUUUCUUUUUUCAGUUUUCUUCAUACCUUCUAUGUAAUUUGUGUGAAUGUUAUUGGGCAUAAUGAUGACUUUUUUUUAAUUUUUACA